AUGGGAGACGACGAAGAAAAGGAUGCGGCAAUCAAAGCCAAAGAAAUCGGACCUUCAUCCAUUAAGUGUCCAAUGCUCAAUAACACAAACUACACAGUUUGGUCUAUACGUAUGAAGGUGGCACUCAAGGUUCACAAAGUAUGGGAAACCAUUGACCCGGGAACAAAGGAUGAUGACAAGAACAACAUGGCCAUAGCCUUACUGUUCCAAUCUAUACCCGAGGCACUGAUUUUACAAGUUGGAGAUCUUGACACUUCAAAAGGAGUCUGGGAUGCUAUAAAGGCUAGGCAUGUUGGAGCUGAUCGAGUGAAAGAAGCCAGACUACAAACCCUAAUGGCCGAGUUCGAUAGAUUAAAGAUGAAAGAAACUGACAAGAUUGAUGACUUUGUCGGUAAGAUCUCAGAACUUUCCUCAAAAUCUGUUGCUUUGGGACAAACCAUUGAGGAACCAAAACUGGUUAAGAAAUUUCUUAAGAGUCUACCAAGAAAGAGAUACAUACACAUUGUUGCCUCUCUCGAACAAGUUCUUGACCUCAAUACCACAAGCUUUGAGGAUAUUGUUGGGAGACUAAAGGCCUAUGAAGAAAGAAUCAGUGAGAAAGUAGAAGAAGAAGAUCAAACUGAGUACAAUGAUCAAGGCAAACUCAUGUAUGUCAACACUAAUUCUCCACAAUAUAAUCAAGAUAACUAUGGAGGCAAUAGAGGAAGAGGACGAGGGGGUAGCUUUCAAUGGAGAGGAAGAGGUCGUGGUGUUAGGUUAUGA